AUGGCUGCAAAAAUCGAUCAUCUCAGAACCCUAUUAGAAGGAGUUUUUCAAAACACCAGCUACGACAUCAAGAAACAGAAAUUAAAAGUGUGCAUUUUGUAUCACCAACAAAUCAUAAGAUUAAACGAGAGAAUAAGUGCAUUAGUGACUGAAAUGCUUGGCCAGAUAUCGUUUGUAGCUGCUAUUGUAAUUAGCUGCAUCGGAAAUGUGAUAGUAAAGCAAUACUCUAUCGGCGCUUUAGUUUACAUGGGUGGUUUUGUUACAGCCGUAUACAUGAUGUGCCUAACUGGCCAAAUAAUUAAAGAUGAGACACUAAAGGUCGAUAAUAUAGUUUUUAACCUUAACUGGUACACUGACCUGAACUUGGCUAAGGAUAUGGUAUUAAUAAUGCGACGCAGUCAGAAACCUGUAAAUUUACGUUCAUUUUUAUUUGGCGUAUUUGAUUACCAGUUACUUGUAGUGAUCAUCAAGACAUCAUAUUCAUACUUCACAUUGAUGACCCAGAGAGGAUAA